AUGAUCCGUAAUUCCCUUGAAAAGCUCCUUGCCAACAAGAAAAUUCUGAUUGUUUUAGAUGACAUGUGGGAAGACAACAUGUUUCAGUUGGAAGAACUGAAAGAUAUGUUAAAAGUUGGGGAGAGCAGUAAGGUGGUUGUUAUAGCAACCACACGAAGUGAAGGUAUUGCGAAGAAAAUGUCUACCAUCCAACCAUACAAAUUAGCACCAUUGACUGAUGAUAUGUGUUGGUCUAUUAUAAAGCAAAAGAGUGCAUUUGAAUCAAGAGGUGACAAAGAACAAUUGGAGGAAAUAGGGAAGGUCAUUGCAAUGAAGUGUGCGGGUGUGGCUUUAGCAGCUAAAUCACUUGGGCACACGCUGCAAUCUAUGAAAUCUGGUCAAUGGGAAUCAGUGAGAGAUAGUAAUAUUUGGACUGCACCUUCUUUGGAAGAUACAUCUUCUACACAAGUGCUUGCAUCUCUGAAGUUGAGCUAUAGUGUUUUGCCUUCGUAUCUGAAGCUAUGCUUUGCCUAUUGUGCAAUAUUUCCAAAAGGCCACAAGAUACUUAAAGAUGAUCUUAUUCAUCAGUGGGUUUCUCUUGGUUUCUCUUCCUGGGAACUUGGUGAGAGAUACAUUAGUCAGCUUUUGGGCCUUUCUUUUCUUGACCAUUUCAAGUCAUCAUCGACUUUUGAGCUACAUGAUGAAGAUGUUAUAUUGUUGACCAUGCAUGACCUGGUGCAUGAUUUAGCAAGAUCUGUCAUGGAGGAUGAAAUUAUUUUUGUUGGCAAUGUCAAUAAUGCUGAAGGAAGCCGCUUCCACUAUGCAUUGCUAGAUGAUUGUAGCAAGCCAUUGGGAUCAGACUUAUCCAAGAUAAGAGCGUUGCGUUUUAUGGAUUGUGACAAAUAUGAACUUCAUGAUGCUGCAUUUUCAUCUGCCAAGUCUUUGCGUGUCUUGGACUUAAGUGAGUGCGCCAUAUAUACGUUGGCAGAUUGUAUUGUUGAACUGAAGCAAUUGAGAUAUCUUAAUGCUCCAAAAGUCCAAGAUGCAAAGAUUCCAGACAGUAUCACCAAGCUCUCAAAAUUGAUUUACCUGAAUCUUCAUGGAUCUCCUACAAUUAAAGCACUACCAGAGUCAAUUGGAGAAAUUGGCAGUCUAAUGUACCUUGAUUUGUCAAGUUGUUCAGGAAUUGCAAAACUGCCAGAAUCAUUCAGGAGGCUACAAAAAUUGUUGCAUUUGGACUUAUCAAAUUGCUCGUCUGUGGGAGGAAUAUCAGUGUUCUUGGAGAGUCUCACACAGCUAGAGUAUUUGAACUUAUCAUACUGCCCAAAUAUCGGAGAUAUACCAGAAGUUCUGGGCGGCCUUUCCAAACUGCAGUAUUUAAACUUAUCAAACAACUCAUAUCUUGAAUGUGGUAAAGAAGCAGAAUUUUUGGGUGCCCUCACAAAAAUCGAGUAUUUGAACUUAUCUUCAAGGGAAUGUGGACUCAAAAAGCUCCCUGAAUCUUUGGGCGGAUUCAGUCAACUCAAGUACUUAAACUUAUCAGGUUGGCGAGCUAUGAAAAAAUUGCCAAGAUUAUUUGGGAGUCUGAAGAAUCUGCUCCAUCUUGACUUAUCAGGUUGUUAUAUGGUUGAUGGUGUACAUGAAGCUUUGGUCGGUCUUACCAGUCUGCAACAUUUGAAUUUACAAGAUACACAGCUCAGUUCGCUGCCAGAUGAUCUGACCAAGCUUCGGUAUUUAAAUCUAUCUAAACUAAGGAGGUCCUUGGAUGAUCGGAAGAAAGAUGCAUCAGUUUUUCUCUCUGCAGAAACCUGGGACAUUCUCAUCAACCAGAUAUGCAGAAUUAAUCUUUCAGAUCUAGAGCAUUUGGGCUUGUCUCGAAAUUGUCUGAUCGAGAGAAUACCUGAAAGUAUUUGUAGCCUGACAAAACUGCACACAUUGGACCUCUCGGGAUGCAGAAAUUUGAAGAAAAUACCUGAAAGUAUAUGUACAUUUGGUAGCUUGAAGUUUCUUUAUUUAGAGGAUUGUUGCAGUCUUGAUGAAAUACCUCAACUCAGUAGCAGUGCAAUAUCGUUACCACACUUUGUGGUGCGUGCUGGUAAUGAUGGAUCUAGCAGCAAUCUUGUCCUGCUAAAGCCCACAGAUCCUUUUAAGCUGGAGAUAACUGAACUUGAAAAUGUGAUGUCCGCAGGAGAGGCACAUAGUAUAAAAUUAAUGGAAAAGCAAAGCAUUCGGGAGUUGAAACUGGAGUGGACUCAAGGUGUUGACAGAUUUGUGGAUGACAAAAUGUUGCUGAAAAAACUAGUGCCUCCAAGCACAUUGAGGGUGUUGGAGAUAUGUGGUUAUAACAGUGUCAUCUUUCCAGGCUGGGUAGUGGGCCAACUACCAAACCUGGACUCACUGGUUCUCAAAGAUAUGGCAAAUCUGGAAGAGUGGGACACGUCAUACUCCACCGGUGAGGAGAAUAUGUUAACAAGCGUGCAAAUAGAUGGCUGCCCCAUGAUGAAGAUGAAAGGGCCUCUGCCUAAAGCUAAAGAAUGGGAGAUAAGAUGCAGUGAUAAUGUGUUAUCAUCAUGGGAUGUGUGCAUUGUGUCACACACCAGUGCUUCCUCUUCUCCAGUAACUACUAUGUUGUCAGUUAGAGACUGCAAGGUGCCUCUGCAUGAGUGGAGGUUGCUUCGACACUUCUCUGGACUCCCUUAUUUGUCUAUUGCCAAUUGUAGCGAUCUAACCGGCUCACCAGAUAUCAUCCAACUACUAUCCUCUUUGGAGAAACUAUGCCUAGAAGACGAACACAUGGAAGAACUGCCAAUAUGGUUGGUUGAGCUCCCAUCUCUAAAGAAUCUGACUAUAUUUAAUAGCAAUGGUGUAAAGGAGUUGAACGAGAACAUGAGGCAACUCACAAAGCUUGAAUCGCUAGAACUGGGCUUCUGCAAAAGCAUAUCUGCAGUGCCACAUUGGCUAGGCGAAUUGACCUUUCUCAAGAAACUUUGGAUACAUAACAAUGAAGGCUUGAGGUCUUUGCCGGCAAGCAUACAACAACUCACCAGCCUCCAGGAAAUAGUACUUAUGCACUGCUAUGCAUUAGAGCACGUGGUUGCUGAAACAGAGGAGGGAAAGAUGAAGCUGGCUGACAACCAACAAAGGGAAUUUGCGCUGCCCACCUCUCUAAAGAGACUUUAUCUGCAUGGAUGUGAUGGUAUCAAGUCUUUUCCCGAGGGAAUACAUCAACUCACUAACCUAACAAUAGAGAGGUGCCCGGGACUAAAGGAAUGGUGUGAAUUAGAGGAGAACAAGAUGAAGCUGGCGCACAUAGAAAAGAAGUGCAUUUUCUUCUAG